AUGCCGUCCCGCUACGUCUCUCCCUACGGCCCUAAGGUCCGGCCACAAUUGAACAUUGCUGGAUAUCCCAUCAAGUCCCUUAAAAACCUUGGUAUUUCCGCUGGCGCGUUCAGUGCCGUUGCUGGCGUUGCCGUCAUCUACAUCCUCGAAGGUGUACCGCGUGUCCAGAACGAUAUCCUCAAGGUUCGCCCCCGCCCUCCUUCCAUACUCUAA